UCUCAAAAAAAAUUCGUAAAGCUAUUAAUACAUCACAAACUCCAGAAAAUAUUAUCAUAGACGCUAAUAACUGUGACGAAGGAAAAAAAGAGAUUGUGCCUUCAGUCAAAUAUGAUCUUCGAAAGAUUGAGAGAAAAAAUUAUGUUGAAAGGAUUUCAUCAGCUGACGUGGAGGAAAAGAUAAUCGAUGAAUUAAAUUGUGGGAUAUCAUCUGUUUAUGAAGAUGAACAUGAAAAUUCCUCAGAUGUCAAUUCUGACGAAGAGUUCUCAGAAGAUCUCAAUACUACAGAUGAAGAUACAAGUCCAAUCAUUGAAAAACUUCUGGAAUAUGGCGAAGGCAUUGCGAGGUACAGAGUAAUUUUUUUACCCGAAGAUAAUAAAAUGGAUCCUUUAAAGACUCUUUUAACAAGUCAAGAAUGGGAAGAAUCCGAACUUGACUGGCAAAUGGUUGAAGAAAAAAUAGUUGGCUCCUUUUCAGUAGUAAUACCGAAAAAAAUACAAGAUCUUUUAACUAAAUACAACAAAGCCAUCGAAGAAAAUACGAUCAAUUUUAAAUCAAAUGUUAGCAAAAUAGCAUUAGUAAUAAACGAGAAUCCGUUUGAUAAAGAAAGAACAGAGUAUUAUUUUCAAAGAGACUGGCUUCUUCAUUGGGUCCAGAUUGUGUAUACUUCAUUUAUCACUUGUUUUCAGAUGCCAGAUGACUUUUUUCAUGAUUUAACAUUGUCUGAAUAUGCUUAUCGUGACCGCAUAAUUAAUAAAUUAUGGGAAGAUGUUUUUUUAGACGUCUAUCCUGCAAUUUGUAUGCGAACUGGUGAAAUAGAAAAUAUUGAUCGAAAAAAUCAAAAGGAUCGUUCACGACCGCCAAAACAAAAAAGAGCAAUAGGAUGGUCGCAUGACGCAAUCUUAAUGAUAAAAUGUAUGAAUAAAAAUGUUCAAGUUGGUUUUGGCGAAGUGAUUGGUAACCCAUGCAGACACGAUGAUGAAAAAAGGGACGGAGAUAGAGGAAAGAUGCUUAAAGCGAUGCAGAUAUCUCUUAAUAAGUUACGAAAUUUAUUGUCGGAAAAAGGAAUAUCAAACGAAGACCUUGAAAAAUUGGCAUGCUUGUGUAUAAGAGACCUUACAAUAUAUUCAACUCAUUGGGCGCGUGGACUUUAUUUAGUUGACCAGAUUAAUGGCUUUACUAUUCCCGAUACUGCAGAUCAAUUACGUGAUCUUUCAAGCAUCGUUUACGUUAUGUUGGAAUUUAAGUACCGUAUUAUAAAUCUUAAGAAUCACAUUGAUUCACUUCUGAAGUACAAACCUAAGAUCUUUGGGUAUCGCAAAACUAUUAGUGAGCCUGCCGUGGACUGUUCAUUUCAAAUGAAAUUACCGGAAAAGAAUACAGUUGAAGGGAAAAAGACAAAAUGA